CAGGGCAGGGCCGGGCCGGGCUCGAUUAAACCCUCCCUCAUUUACUGUUUUCCUCUCUUUCCAGUUCCCAGUUCGCAGUCAUUCCAUCUUCCUCAACAUUUCGCCCGACUGUAAUAUCACCUUCUCCGACGCCGUGGUGGUUGAUCGCUCCGCAGAAAAUACAGAGACCUUGUACCGUUCAAUCAUCUUACCGUUUACAGGAUCUGUUGAUACGUGAUCUCGGUUAGCUUUUGAACAAGAAAGCUAGAAGCAAUGAAGCCAGUAAUAGGAAUGGUGGUCUCAAACAAAAUGCAGAAAUCCGUGGUUGUGGCUGUGGAUCAUCUCUUCCAUCACAAACUCUACAACCGUUAUGUCAAAAGAACCAGUAAAUUUAUGGCACAUGACGAGAACAAUGAAUGCAACAUUGGUGAUAGAGUUAGACUGGAUCCUUCCAGGCCAUUGAGCAAACGAAAGCAUUGGGUCGUUGCUGAGAUUCUUAAAAAAGCACGCAUCUAUGUUCCACCCUCGGCUAAAUCUUCUGAGUCAAGCACCAAUGCAUGAGUAACAGCUUCAUCUUCUUAAGGCAAGCCAGUUCCCAUUAGGAUAUGAUGAAAAUUUGAAGCUACGCUAGCAGGUUGAGACAUUUUUCAUUUUGAGAAGAGACAAUGAUCAAAGAGAAAAUUCCUGGCGUGUAGUCUUGAAUUUUAACUAUACUUUUUUUUUCUGAAUUUUGUCCUGUAUGUAUUAACCUGAUGGACGAACCUAAUUGUCGAAAUUUCAGAAUCGGUUGGGCAUGAGUUGGGAUGAUCUCUACUGGUGUAUUAUGGUCUUACUAGUUUAUUAAUUUUA